CUGUAGCGUUUUUUUUUCACAGUGCUCUGCGGCCGCAGUUUAUUUGUGUCAUUUCAAGUGAAGUGGAUAUUUUUGGCAACAAAAGAAAAUAAAGGGGAAGGAGGGGUGUGAGGGGAAGACACGGUGAUGUACUUUAUUUUAUUUUAUUUUAUUUGAGGGGGUAUUUUUUUGCCUUUUGUAACAGAUAAUGAAUUCAAACGUGAGAUUGGUGGCAGCAGUAGCAAACACGACACGAGUAACAUAUGGCAUUAAAAAGCAGCACAGCUGGAGGUAGCAUUUCCAUUUGAAGUGAUGUCAGAGCAGCUGACAGUCUGGCAUUGCUAGGUUUUUUUGUGUGAUCUUGCUCCGUGUGCCGGUAUCAUUCCUCUUCAGUCUGCUUUUUUAAACUUGACAGACCAGAGUCACAAAGAUUUAGCGCACCAUUGAAGGUGUUCUUUUGGGGACUGAUCAAGAGAAGUUGUUCUGUUUAUAUUCCUUUGGCAGGUUAUGAAGACAGUAUGGAGUUUCCAGACCACAGCAGACAUUUGCUCCAGUGUCUGAGUGAGCAGAGGCAUCAAGGUUUUCUUUGUGAUUGCACUGUCUUGGUUGGAGAUGCCCAGUUUCGAGCCCAUCGUGCUGUGCUUGCUUCGUGCAGCAUGUACUUCCAUCUCUUUUACAAGGACCAGCUGGACAAAAGAGACAUUGUUCAUCUGAACAGUGACAUUGUUACAGCCCCAGCUUUCGCUCUCCUCCUUGAAUUCAUGUAUGAAGGGAAACUCCAGUUCAAAGACUUGCCUAUUGAGGACGUACUUGCAGCUGCAAGUUACCUUCACAUGUAUGACAUAGUGAAAGUCUGCAAAAAGAAGCUGAAAGAAAAAUGUACUACAGAAGCGGACAGCACUAAGAAAGAAGAAGAUGCCUCAAGCUGCUCUGAUAAAGGGGAAAUCUCCUCUGUGAGCAGUGCACACGUCGUGGGGGAACUACCAAGUGAGGAGGAUGAAACUGAGGAGGAAAAAGUGAGUGCCACGGUGUCAAGCAAAAGGGACUUAGUUAUUGAAUCUGGGAGCAUGUGGAUGAGAUUGCCCUCUGACUCAGCAGGCAUCACUCAGCCUGGUGUGGAGGUUGAGACACAUGCAGUAACAGCUGGAAAAACAGUGUCCAGUCCCUGCAGCUCAACAGGGCCUUUGUCCCAGAGGUCUGCCAGCUCCAUUAAGGAUUCAGCAGAUGUUGACUGUGUGCUGGAUUUGUCUGUCAAGUCCGGGCUGUCAGCAGGAGAAAACGCCAGCCACCCUUAUGUCUCGCCACAUGAAGACGGUGCCAGAAAUAACCUGGUACAGGUUAAAGUAGAGAAAGAAGUAUUUUCUGACGAGGAAGGCAGCAGCACUAAUGACUUUGAUAUGGAUCAAAGUAGCACGGCAAAAGACAGUGCAAGUACAAUGAACAGAGUUCAUUAUGACUCACUCCAUGUGUCUGCCAGAAGAGAAGCUUCUGUUUCGAGCGAGAUGGACCGAGAAGAUCGAGCCAGUGACGAUGAGAUGAUAACGCCCGAAAAUGAUGGAGCCCAGAUGGAAGGAAACAUGGACAGCAGUUUGCUCCCUUACUGCUCUAAUAUACUUGGCUCUGCCGGCCAAAUCUUCAUGUGUCCUCUGUGCAACAAAGUGUUUCCAAGUCCACAUAUUCUGCAGAUCCACCUGAGCACGCACUUUCGAGAGCAGGAUGGCCUCCGUAGCAAGCCUGCCACUGAUGUCAAUGUGCCCACUUGCUCGCUGUGUGGGAAGACUUUUUCAUGUAUGUACACCUUAAAACGGCACGAGCGAACUCAUUCAGGUGAAAAGCCAUACACUUGCAGUCAGUGUGGGAAGAGCUUCCAGUAUUCGCAUAAUUUGAGCCGACACGCGGUUGUUCACACCCGGGAAAAGCCACACGCGUGCAAGUGGUGUGAGCGCAGGUUCACCCAAUCGGGUGACCUGUAUAGACACAUUCGGAAAUUUCACUGUGAGCUGAUAAACACACUCUCUGUUAAAACAGAGUCUCUUAACUUGCCUGCAAUGCGAGACUGGACCAUAGAAGACAGCUCGCAAGAACUCUGGAAAUAAAAUCUAACUGUGGAACAUUCUGAAAAUCAAGUUUCUGGUAAUUUCUUCGACAGCUUUUUGGGCACUGAAUUCUCUCAACAAAAUAAUAUCUAUAAAUACUGUUGUUAACAACACCGUCUACAAAAAUGAGAUUCUGUGAUUCAUAAUGCAACAUAAGGUAAAUAAUAAUUAACUAUUAAGCUCGACACUUAUUUAAUAAAUAUUCUUAUUUUACUUUUUAAAUGCACCCUGCAGUUGUGGAGUGCACUGCAAAGGAUGCUGCUGUAUAGUACAUGAGGUUUUGUUGUUGAAAUUUUUAACAAUGAACCACUAAUUCCUUAAGGUCUUCAUUAAAACUUGUUAAUAUUUUAAUGUUGCACAAUUUCUGGAUAUUUAAAACUUUUUUUGUACAAUGCUGUAAACAUAAUUAUUAAUUUCAUUUCCGUAUGUGCGGGAAGGUGCAUUUGCAAAUUAAAUGAUUCUCUACCAUGUUUAUUCUUAACCAGAAACUUGAUGUAAUUUAGAUUCUAAAUGUAUGGGAUUUCCAGGCAAAUUAAAAUUAUGUUUAAAAUGUGAAUUAUAUUACUGUAUGUCUUACUGCAUUGAAUGGAUUUUAACAAACCUAGUGGAUUGUUUUUACGCUCUUAAUCAGGUCUUCUGAAAGUGAAUAUUGAGGCGAUAAGAAAAUGCAUGACUUUUAUUGGACGUUUUGGGGUUUUCGUUUUGCAAUUCUAUGAACUUGGCAAAGUGUGUAACUUAAGUUUUUAUUUAAUUAGUGAGACAAUUUUUUUUCCUGAAAUGCAUUUUUGCCAAGUGCAAUAGCACCGUGAAAAAUGCCACUGGUGUUGCACAGCAAUUUAAUUUUUUUUAAGUGUACUGCUAUGCAGUUUCAAUAUGUGAAACAAUUUUCCCAGUCGCAUAUAUCUAUAAUAUAUAUAUAUAUAAAAUAAUAUGUAUAUAUUACAUAUAAUGUGACCUGAAUUGGUGGUUAAUAGAAAUCAAUUGGCCAUUAGGUUUGGGGGUGGGAGGGUAGGCAAGAAGGAUUCAUGAACCCAGUUUUGAAGAGGGGGUUUAUUAUAUAAUGUGUAACCAAGCAGCUGAAGUGGCUGCUUGAUAUGUGUGUGGUUUUAAUGAACAACACAUAUGGCAAGUGUUUUGCACAGUGUUUGUUUUCCUGUCUUGCACUCGCAAUAAGGUCUCUGGGAGUAGCACGGAAACGUGGCUGUUUUCCCCCUUUUUUCGUGGGUUUUAUUUUUUUUACUUGAUUGCCUUAACUACUGUAAACAUAGCUUAUUUUUGUGCACAAAGGCAAUAUGAUUAUUAAUGGAAAACUAGAUUGUGUAUUGCUGGAUUUUUUUCGAGCGGGUCAUAUGAGUUUUUCCUUUGGCCCUUGACAUUGUUUUAAAGCUGUGAAAUGGCCUCUAAGAUUCUGUAAUUAUGCUAGUUACUUGAAGAGUUUAAAUGUCUGACAAAAGUAAGUUGAAAUGUAGAUUUAAAAAAAUGUUUAGGUAAGACAAUCAGUGUCUUUAAAAUGAACAGCUUCCUUGGUUCCCACGUUAGUUUUCUUUGUGGUAUUUGUGAGUAUGACUUACUUUUUCCUUACAGGUGAUCCUUUAAUAGUUCUAUUUUUGUUGCUUUCCUUCCUCUUCACCCCCACUCCCCACCUCCAACCCCACAAGCCUGUAAUAUUCUACCUUUUUACCUGGAUUUAGACUGACGUUAGCCUUGACAAUCAUAGUGUUUUAAUUUUCAGAACAAUGGGGGGAGUAAAUUAUAAUGCUGUUUAGUUUUGUACCUUGAUGUGCCGUUGGUGGAAUUUUUAAAUUGUGUGCUAACUGCAAUAAAUUAUGUAAACUGGAAAA